CAGAUAUUUUUUUUCAUAUUUUCUAUUUUUUCAAAUUUCUUUAGAUACAAGCAAUAAUAAAUAAUAAUAGCAAUAGUAAUAAAAUGAGCUAUUCAGAUAAACACAAAAUUAAAACAUGCACAAUGCAAUUACCUGUUAGAUUAUUAUUAGGUCCAGGUCCAUCAAAUUUACAUCCAAGAGUUAAUCAACAACUUACAAGUAGCAUGAUUGGUUACACUGAUGCAAAUUACUAUACUGUUAUGGAUGAAACUAUGGAAUUAAUGAGAUAUCUCUUCCAAACUGACAACCAUUUCACAAUCCCAAUUUCAGGUGCUGGAACAGCUGCUAUGGAAACUUGUGUUUCAAAUUUAAUAGAACCAAACGAUAAAGUUGUUUGUUUAGUUUCAGGUUUCUUCUCUGAUAGAAUUUAUCAAAUGGCUGUUAGAUAUGGUGCAAAUAUAUUAAAAGUUGACAAGCAAUGGGGAAGUUGGUUCAGUUUAGAAGAGAUCGAAAGUGCAUUACAAACCCAUAAACCAAGUUUAUUAACAUUAGUAUUCGGUGAAACCAGUACAGGUGUCAAACAACAAAUGGAAGGUGUUGGUGAAUUAUGUCACAAAUAUAAUUGUUUAUUAAUGGUUGAUUGUGUAGCUGCUUUGGGUGGUGUUCCAUUCUUUGUUGACCAAUGGAAAGUAGAUGCAUGUUAUACCGGUGGUCAAAAAUGUUUAAGUGGUCCACCAGGUAUCAGUCCAUUAACUUUUUCAGAUGCCGCUUGUAAAAAAAUUGCUACUAGAAAAACACCAGUUGCCAAUUGGUAUUUAGAUACAUUAUUAUUAGGUCAAUAUUGGUGUCCAGAGUAUAACUUUGCUGAUGGAAAAGUAGUCAAAUCUGAUCCACCACCAAUGAGAAAAUAUCAUCACACAACCCCAGCCAAUCUUAUCUAUGCUCUCCGUGAAUCACUCAUUCUCUUGGUCGAAGAGGGUCUUGAUAACGUUUGGGCCCGUCAUCAAGCUGCUGCUAUUCAAUUAUAUCAAGGUUUAGAAUCAUUAGGUCUUAAGCCAUUCGUUAAUGAACUCAAUGAAAGUUCAGAAAAAGGUGGUCGUCUUUUCUCUUUAACAACCGUUACCAUCCCAGAAGGUGUUGAUGGUAAAAUGGUCAUGAAAUACCUCUUAGACAACUUUAACAUUGAAAUUGCCGGUGGUAUUGGUGCUUUUGCUGGUAAAGUCUGGAGAGUUGGUUUAAUGGGUUUCAAUGCUAAUCCAAGUAAUGUAAAAUUAUUAAUUUCUGCAAUGUCUGAUGCCUUAAAGGCCAAUGGUUACAAUAAUUAGUUUAUUAAAUAAUUAAUUAAAUAAAAAUAAAAAAAAAUCAAAU